AUGAACGUCUUCGCCGCGUUUUUCGCGGUUGUGGCCGUCGUCGCCGCUGGCACCAUUUCGCCGGCGGAUCUGGCCCCACAAUUUCGUCAAGGGCACGAAUAUUCCUAUAUUGUCGAAGCUCAGCUGGCCUCGAGCCUGGCUGGUGAGGAACAGAAUGCUGUUCAACGAGUUAGAGCCUUGAUGAGAUGCGGAAUGCUCAGUCAGAAGAGAGCGGUCUGCAAACUGCAUGAUUCCCAAAUGACCAAAUUGAAUGACAAUAUCCGAUUGGAUGGAGAAUUGGUCAAAUUUGAACAAGCCAGAAAGGUGAAAGUCAAUGAGGAACAUAUGAAAGUUCUUCAACUGCCUUUUGAAGUCAAGUAAGUUAUAUUUAUAUCGUUUUAUUUAGCUAGACCUGCAGUUUAGGGCUUUUUCCCGUUCCAAAUGAAUAAACAGACAUUGAAGAAAGAGAUGACACAGGAUUGUAUAAAUUUUUGAAUUACUUCUAAACCUUUUUCAGCUAUGAGAACGGCCGAAUCGUCGAUUUGACCUUCAGCCAGAAGGACAAAACUUUCUCUGAGAAUAUCAAGAGAAGUGUUGUAAACUCCCUCCAACUCAGCCUUUCCCAACAAGAAGAGCAGACUCAGCACUUCAAAGUCAACGAAACCUCGAUUGAAGGAAGUUGUGAAACUCUCUACACCAUCCUUCCAGAAGACAGAUGUAGAUCCAACAAGAACCAAAAGUCCUGUGUGAGAAUCGUCAAGACUAUCAACUUUGAAAACUGCGACCAUUCGACCGAACUUCGUUACAACUUCUUCAGAGGAGAGCAACUUCAGGACGGUCUUCAGGAGAAAGAGUCCAACCAAACUGGAAUCCAAAGGUCGACUAACAUCGAGAUUGAACUCAAGCGAGAAUCUGAAGAAGUCUUUGUCGUCAGCUACGCCAAGUCUGUUGCUGAAUACAGUGUCCCCUUGUCUUUGACGAAAAACCAAUAUUUGACUGCAGUUGCCAUCACUGAAGUUCGUCUCCAGGACAUCAAACAGCUCGAAGUUUCGGAUGAAGUUGAAACCAAGAAGAAGCCUCAAAGCCUCGUGUACAACGAUGAAUUCGACGUGAAGAGAGAGAAGUUCUACGCUACUGGAAAUGAAGCCUACUUGAAAGAUCAACAGUACAUCAAGAAGAGCAAUAUCCCUGAAGCCGUUAAGAACUUGUUGAAGGCCAUGGCUCAGACCUUUGUUGCUGAAUCCGUCAGCUGGGAGAUGGACUCUAGAGCUCCUCAGAUCUUCAUGAACUUGGUGAAGAUUCUCCGUCAUGCCUCCAAGGAUGACAUUGAAGAGAUCCACGAGAAAAUCUAUUCCUCUGAUGCUUUCGAAAAGAAAUCGGUCAAGUUUGUCAAGGCCGUCAUUGUCGAUGCUUUGGCUGCAGCUGGAACUCACCCAACCAUCACUCAUUUGCUCACUAAAUUCAGAAAGGACGUCUCUGAAAGCAAAUCUGCCAGCUUGUUGAAAAGAAUCGCCAUCAACAUUCCAUUCGUCAGCGAGGAGAUUGUCAGCUCCAUUUGGAAAGUCUGUGACAUGAACACCGAGAAAAAGAGCCUCUACAAAACUUGCAUCCUGAGCUGGUCUAGACUGGCCAACGCCGUGUGUGGACAACCCGAAUUCAACGGUGAUUUGUGGGCUCAACAGAAGAGACAACAACCAGUUUGCAGCGAGGAAUUCAAGAAUGAAUUGAACCAGGUAACAACCACAACCAGUGUGUGUAAUAUCGGUUUAGAACUUGAAAUCUCUUCUGGCUGAAUCCGCGGAGCCGGAAUCCAGAAUUCUCGCCCUGAAGGCUUAUGGAAACUUGGCUCUCGAGUUGAGCGUUCCCCAGCUGGAGCAGAUUGCUCGUGAUCAGACCUUGGACAGGAUUCAACGUCAGGUGGCCAUUGACGCCUUCAGACAGUUUGGGAAGAGAAUGUCGAAGAGAAUCUCCAGAAUCUUAUUGCCUAUCUUCAUGGACAAAAAUGAGUACCCAGAGAUCAGAAUGGAGGCCCUCAAGCAGCUGUUGAACAACAAUGUUGAUGAAAAUGUGCUUCAACAAAUUUCUUUCGGAGUGAUGCGCGAUGCCAACAUGAACAUUAGAGCUUUCACCGUUUCAUCUGUUUUGAGCUUGGCCCAGAAGCUGGAAAAGAGAAACCCGAGAUUGUAAGCACAUCUUGAGAUCAUCAGAAAUCAUUUUCCAGAGCCCAAAAGCUGAUAGCCGCGGAGACCCUGAUUCGUCAAGGCUUGAGCUUCCAGCAACAACAACGCCUAGACAGGUCUUUGGCCAAACAAGAUACUGAACUGCUCGGAAACUCCGCUUUCACCUUCUCUUCGAUUCUUUCCAACGACUCUUAUAUCCCCAAGGAUCUCCAACUUUCCGUUGACGCCUUGAUCAACCGUCAUCUUCUUCCUAUUUUUGCUCAAUACGGAAUUCGUCAACAAAAUAUCGAAAAGGUCGUCGACCAACUUCUCCAGAAGCUGGUCGACCAGCCCACCGACAAAAUCUUGGUCCGUGGAAGACGUUCCGCCAUGCAGAAGAUGGUCAACUCUCCAGUUCAGACCCUGAAAAGCAUUUUUGAUCAGUUGAAGAUUGUUGUGCGCAGAAACGAGAAUGCCCCUCAAUUCCUCGCCUACAAGCGCGAACAGGGAAUGGACGUUGCCUUUGUCUACGCCGACCAAAAACACCUUCCUGAUUUCAUUGCCGGUCUGGUUACUGAUGGACAAAUCGAUAUCAGCGGAUUAGAAACUGAUGGAGAGAAAGCGUUCAGCUACACUGGAGCUGAGAUGAGCUUUGAGCAACAACUUAAAGUCCCAACUAUUUUCGGUAUCCCCUUGGUUUACACUGCUCAGGCCGCCCAUGUCUACUCUAUUGAUGGAAAGACCAAGUUGGCUUUGAAGACUGCCGGCAACGCCAUCAACGGAGCUGAGUUCAAGAUUAAUGUUGUCCCUAAGGUCUCAACCCAACUGGUCCAAAAACUUGAAGCCAUUUCGCCCUUGUUGACCAACGGGAUUCAACACCAAAUCAACUUGGACGCUCAGAUGCCUCUGGUCGUUGAGGACCGCUACAACGAAAAUGGUCUUCAAAUUGACGCUGCUCUGCCAAAACAAAGAGAUCACACUUACAAGGUCGUCCAGAUCUCUUCUCAUCCAUCCACAUUGACGCGUGAAUGGCCAAGAGAAUCCAAGACCUACGUUGAAUCCGAAGAGCGUACUCUUCAUGUCAGGAAAUGCCAACCAUUGUUCCGUGAGACGCAGAAACAAUGGACCUCGCCAUUCACCGGAAUGAGAUACGAAAUCCGCGGUCAUUACCAUCAUCCUUCUGAACCCGACUGUCUUAUUGUUGGAGAAAACGCCCUCCAGUUGCACAUUCACGUUGAGAAAGGAGCCGCCAAGAAAUUGAGAUUCCAUUAUAAGCUCGAAACCGACUCUAUCCAACAAACGGAAGGGCCAAAAAUGCUCCACAAAUUGUUGAAGGGAGCCCACGUCGACCAGUUGUUCAAGAACACCCCGCAGAACGAAAAAUCUAUCGUCAGCAAAUUCGCAGAGAACUAUAAAACCUUCGCCGUUACGAAAGUUCAAUCCAAACUUGUCGGACUAGCUCUUGGAGCUGAUGAUCAGCAAUUGGCCAAGAUGGAAGCGACGACGAAGACUCUUUGCGACUCAUCCUUUACCCUCUGCUCAACUGAUUCUGAAUACAGAUUCAAACACGAAGGAUCUGACGGAUUCAAACUUCGCGUCGUCGGUGAAGUCGCUCGUCUACAAUUGCAUGGAGUUUACGGUGGAGUUAAGUCUCAACACGUUUUGGCUCAUGUCGAAACUCAUUGGGGGAAAUACAACGAGGAAGACAAGAAUACCGUCUCUUUCUGUGUCUAUGGCCACCCAUCUUCUCAACAAGUCCAAGGUCUUGCCCAACAAUCGAGCCAAUAUGAUGAUGAAGAUUAUCCCAUGACUCAAAUGCCCACCAAGAUCCAUGCCAACCACUACACCAUCUUGAUGGAGAACCAGUUGAACGGCUGGACUACCCAACACAUCCGACCUUUGGUCAAGUUUGUACAGCUCUAUACCAACCCUACGUCGAUGGUUAUGAGUGCUGAAUGGAGUGCCGAAAGAGCGCUUCCAAGACACAGUGUGUUGAAGAACGACAUUGUUGUCGAGGAUGGACAUGUCAGACUGAUCACUGAUGACGAACAUGAAGUUUCUGCCCGUUUGAGCCAGAGAAAGCCCCACAGAUCCGGAUCCAGCAGAAGAGACAUCUUCACAAGUCAAUCAGCGAACGAUAUGGCCAGAUGCACCUUGGACAACAAGCACAACAUCGAGUCUUUUAAUGGAAAAACUUACAGAGUAAGAAACAGUGAUGACUACAAAGCCUUUUUUGCCGGGUGUCACGCUCAUUCCGCAUUGUUUUAGAUUCCUUUAACGUCUUGCUACACCGUUCUUUCUGCUGACUGCUCUUCCGAAGAACCCAAGUACGCCAUCUUGGCCAAGACCGGAAAGAACGGCCGAUUGACCCUUCAACUGCUCAAUCCCCGAGGAAUCUACACCAUCGAGAGAGAAGCGGACGAAACCUCCGUUAAAGUUAAUGGGGAAGCCAUCGCUGAGGAUGAAUACCAAAGAUAUGGGUAAGUCAUACAUCCGCCUAUAAAAGACAGAAGUGAAAAUGGUUUUAAACGAUUUAUUACAGUCCUUGAAAUUAAUUGUGCAUUUCAAUGUUUUAGAGUCUCCAUUGUCCGCCGCGACCAACGAGUCAUCUACGUCCUCCACUGCCGUACGACUGGAAUGGAAAUCCGUUACGAUGGAGAGAAUGUCUCCGUCUUCCUUCCCGACGAAUACGUCAACCAACAAUGCGGAGUCUGUGGAAGAUUCUCCAACAGCCAGGAUGAUUCGCUCCGUCUCUCCAACAACCAGUUGGCCAAGACGUUGAAGGAAUUCCACGCUUCGUACUUGUACCGUGAAUCCGGAUGUGAUGCUUCGGAAGUUGAGAAGCGUACUGAAAAGCAUUAUCGCCAAGAAGACAGCUUCGAAUCUGCUGAAUCCGAUGAAAUGGAAAAUUUGACCAAGCCAAAAUCCGAUGAAAGCCGAGUUGUGAAGCCGCAACAAGUUCAACAGAUCCGUGAAUUCAGAGAGUUCAUCUGCAUCUCUCAGAAGGCUCUUGCCAAGUGUCCUCGAGGAUUCGAAGCCCAAGGCUUGGCCACUGAACAGAAGGAGUUCGUCUGCAUUCGUCGUCAUCAUGCGGGAGUCCAAGCUCUCAGGCAACGAGUCCUUGAUGGUGAAAUCAUCGAAGACCUUAAGAAGCACGGCAAGACCGUCAAGCUUUUCGACGUUGAGCUGCCCAAGCGUUGCUCCCAAUUCGAACAAUUCUAA